AUUUGCUGGCAUAAACUCAAAUAUAAUAUAAACAUUAUAGUGUGAAAUUAUCAUUCUAUAAUGGCGACAUCAAAAAUAUAUAAUAUAUUUUUAUUAUUUAGUUUUAUUUCUAUACAAUAUGUAUACAGUACACCAUUUCCAAAUACAUGUGAAGAUCAAUUAAUUAGUUAUCGAAAAUUUAUUUUAACAGCUGUAUUAAAUUUUGAAGAUAUAUGUGAUGCAACUAUUUAUCAAGAAAAUCAAGAUCAACAUAAUAAUGGUUUUUCAUCUAAUAAUGGUCAAAUAAGUACUGCAGCUAUUAGAUCUGAUGAUAUACGUAAUAGACCAGAAGUAUGGGCAUUCUUUCGUAUGUUAAUGGCACAAUUUAAAGAUUCUGAAUUUAUAAAUAUUUUAAAGGAUGCAAUUAUUGAAAAAUGUAAAGAAAAAUCACAAAAUGAUAAACGUGAUGGUGUUGUUAUUGGUAAAAAACAACGUUUUCAUUCAUGGGGCGGUAAAAGAGCUAACAAUAAUAAUAAUUUAUCUCAAGAUACACUAUAUAAUUCUAAUAUGGGUAUUAGAAAUGGUUUUGGUAAUAAUUUAGAAGCAACAAAAUUUGGAUGGAAUAAUUGAAAAAAUAAUUGCAAAAAAAUGUUCAAUUAUAAAAUUUUAAUAUCAUAAAACAAAUAUUUUUGAAUUUGAAUAUAAAUGAA